AUGGAAGUCAAUGGUGAACGAGAUAUAGCUGGUAUUUUAAGCGCGGCUUUAAUGCCAUUGAAAGAUAUGAAACAUGCAGAUAUUUUGGACCAGUAUGAAAUGAACAUGGCUGAUGGAAAUAUAACACCUGACGUUCUAGAACAUUUAUCUCAAAGAACUACACAGAACCAUAGAGAUGGUAUAUUUGGUGAAGAGUUUAGAAAGAAAGUUAGGGAGAUAGAAGGAAGAGAACCUAUUGUACAUGACCUUGCAAACGAAAGUUUACAAAAUGUCAUAAAAACUUACUUUGCAGACGAUGAAUCGAGAAGGGAUGAAUAUUUAAGAAAACUCAAAUGGACAGUACCAAAUGAAAUGUUAGUAUUGAAAAACAUGUUCCUUGACAAAAUAAAACCAACUACAGAAAUAAACGACGCAAGACUGAAAGAUUGGGUAAAAGCUUUCCCAUUCACAAAAGAUAUAGUUGGUAACAUGGAAAGAAAACCAGAAUGGCUACAAAAACAUAUAUUUGGAAACGAGCUUAUUCCAUAUGGACAGGCACUGUUUGAAGCGCUUGAACCGGAAACUCAGGAAAGAGUCAUGCAAACAAUACGCGAAGACUCAAAUACAGACUAUGACAAACUCUUUCUAGAUAUAGGUUACCUGAGAUGGGCGACCAGAGCCAAAAGGCAAAAAGGACAUGGGAAAUUUGCAACAUACUAG